AUGGAUUCUCUCAGGCUUGAAUUGGAACGGGUAAAGAAUGAUUUAUCUUCAAAAAUAUACGAAUUGAAAUGUCUAGAAAAGGGAGUAGAAGCGAAAGAUAUCAUUUUUAAACGCGUAUUAGAUAUUUAUCUUCAUUCCCCACCACCUAUGAACGAAAAUGGGAGUGGACAACUUUCCGUUCUUAAUUCUUCUCCGUCCCAAACGAUUUCUGUAGGUGGUGUAGAAGCGAUGCCUUUACCAACAACUGCUCCUAUCAUAACGAGCUCCUUAAUAUCGCCGAUGAUAACAUAUUCCAUACUUACCUUACUUCUGAUUGCAAUUAUAUGGAUCGUGGUUGGGAAAAAAAUAUGGAAUUCAUGGGUACGAAUUCAAAGGAAAAAGGCGCCCGAUACAUUCAGACCAGUUAUUAUAGCGUUUUACAUUUUUCGUCUCCGGGCUUAUCCGAAGCUGGGCUAUAAGAUCAGAGGCCGGAAGUUAGCUGGUAUUAUUGCACGAGAAAAAAUAUGCUAUUAUGAAUGA